CCCAACCGACGCCCCCACCCCCUCCCCGGCCCCCGCCGACACACCCGAAAAAACACCUCCCCCCGCUGCCGGCAUCGGCAUGCUCGCCGGCGCCAUCCAGAGCGUUGUGGGCGGGGGCAGCAGCUCUUCGUCCAGCGGCACCGCCGCGGGGGGGGAGGCGCCGCCGGCGGCGGCGGAGGCUGAAACUCCUGGAAUAAUCGGCAACCUGACUUCGACGAUCACCAACGCCGCACACAGCGUGACUGACACGGCCGCUGGAAUCAUUGGCGGUGGCAAGAAGGACGGCGCGGAUGCUGCGGCGGUCGAAGUGACGUCGGUGCCGGCGGUGCCGGCGGUAGAGACACCAGAGGAGGGGAAGGAAGGAGGUGGGAUCGGCGGCUUCCUCGCCAACGUGACGCACACCGUGACGGAUGGCGUCAAGGGAGCGAUGGGCGCCGUCAGGGACGAGAUCCAGGCGGACAUCAAGCCCUCUCUCAAGGACGACCCUGCCCCAGCCGAUGCCGCCGCUGACGCGGCGCCCGCGAAAUAGAGAUGACGCUGUCACCCGCUCGCAAUUGAUUGCCAUUACGUAAGGUCUAAUAUGUUAUCUUGUACAACAAGGCGGAAGAUAGACGGCUGGUGAUACAUGACGAUUGUUUUGCGUGGAUGACUCGAUUUGGAUAGAAUGUUGUCGUGUACGUCGAGGAAAGGGUCUUUAUUGUUGAGCUACAGAGAGAGGUACAAGGAAAACACAUACCCCUUUUCCGGGCUUGCGUAGUGAUAGCUUCGAGGCGAAACUCGGACGAAGUUUUGUGGUAGUCCCUUUGGUAAUCCGUAGGUGCUAUUGUGGAAGAACUUAGAAUGUUUACCGUGAACCCGAAUGGCGACGGUGUAGAAGGCCAUGCUUUCGUUGUUUCCUCGUACAGGUAUAUUCUCAGAUAGACCUAGGGCACCAUAGGUUCGUGAAGAAGGUAAAACAACAGUGGACCCCACGGGUAGUUAUACCCACGCGGUUUGUUUGGCGUAGCACACUCGAAGAAGUUCGAUACUCCGCUGUUCGGGCUUGCUGUACAUGUUGUCUUCACCGGGCGUGUGGAUGAUGGUUUCUUGAUGUAUUGGUGCGGUUGGUUGCGUUCGCCCUUGAGUUUUACCAUAGUUUUACCAGCACGCUCUUCUCCUAAUUGUCGAUACUGGUUGGGGUGUUCACAUGUGGGGGUGGUUCGUGUCACCCGUAAUCGUUUUCGGUGACUCGGCGCCUGGUUGUAUUUUUCCAAGUAGAAUCGUGUUUACCAUUUGUAUGCGAAGAGGUUCCAAGAGUUUGGCAAAAGAGUUUGGCAAAUGAAUCGAACUGUUCAUUGGGAGUGGAAUUUCCGACGGCGGGCGUGCCAUGAAGGGAGGUAUUUCAAGGCGGAAGAAGAUUCAUGCUUAUAAGCCAUUUGUUACGAUGUCUUUUUUUAGGCUGUCUUUUUUUCAAAAGAUGCCAACUGGCCAACCAGCCCCGUGUUCUAGGCUGUCAAAAAAGGUUCGUCAUUUUUUCGUUGUCAUAUUUUAGCACAAAAAGACGCUGUAACACGGGGCUAUUUGG